AGACUCACUAGGUCUCUGCCGCCGCAGCAGUCACGUUGUUAUUUAGGCCUAGACCUAGGCUAGCUGUUUAUACACAGACAGGCCUUGGGCACCAUGGCAGUGAGAGGUUUGCUCCUGCGCCCCUCAUCAUCAUAUCGACUUAUGCUCAUCUCACAAUUGAAUCUCAGCAGAAAAAUACAAGUAUCUGGCAAGCAGAUUGAAUCUAUGACUGUUGCUGCAAGAAGCAUCCAUUCAAGUUCAAUAAUGUGCAAGAGCCAAAAGUAUGAAUACCACGAAAAGAACAUUGAAAAUGCUGUGUCACACUCCAAGAAGAUUUUUUCAAAAGUAGCUAUGGAAAAAGAAACACUAAAUAAAGAAGCUUUUGCAGAAGCAGUGGAAAUUUUCAAAGGGCGGGACAUUCGUAUGCGUGGUCAUAUCCAGUUUAUAGAGACUGCCCUCAAGGUUAUGAAAGCAUACAAUGUUGAGAAAGAUAUUACAGCGUACAACCAACUCUUUGAUGUGUUUCCUAAGGGACAGUUUAAAGCUCAGAAUGCUUUACAAGCACUGUAUUCACAUUACCCAGAACCAAAUGUUUGUGCAAUUCGUAUUUUACAACAGAUGGAAGAUAAUGGUGUAAUGCCAAACCAAGCAACAAAAGACAUACUGAUCUCAGUGUUUGGAAAGACUGGUGGUGCCAUCAGGAAGUAUCGCCGAAUCAUGUACUGGUUCCCAAGGUUCAAAAACAUCAAUCCAUUCCCACUUCCUAAAAUCCUUCCGGAAGAUCCAGUAGAAAUAGCCAGACUAGGUUUAAAGAGGAUAGCUGAGUAUGAAGCAGAGUUCAAAGUUCAAUAUUUGAAUGGAACAGAUGACAAUGAUUCUGAAGCCAUUGAAGAUUCCCCUGAGUUUAUUGCAACAGUACAAAGUAGUGAGCAACGAGAUAUGUUACAUGACUACCCCAGGUAUCGACCCGUCUAUGUUGAAGGACCCUUUAACUUGUGGCUGCGUGACAAGAAGACAUCGUACUUCAUUUUACGAGGACACCCUCUGAGUAUCGAUGAUGUACCAGCUGCAACAUCUGUAACCAAGAAUCCAUACCCCCACGAAGUUGAAAAACCCAAAGAUGAGCCGCCAGAAGCCCCGCAGGAGGGCCCUCUAUUUGCUAUGUGCUCCACCAAUAGCAAGGCUGACGGUCAAGAGGCCAUGCUAACCUGGGUCAAGAACCUGCAAGAUGAUAAUCCAAACCUUGGAAAAAUACCAAUUUACUUCAACAUCUUCAAGUCAUCAUCGCCGCUUGAAUCGGUAGCUCUCAAUCCUGGCACCACAAAGAUAGCAGACAGUUGAUGUUACUUAAUUACUAAUAUAUUAACUUGAAUCAAUAUUUAGAAACAUACAGUGCAUUACUUAAAUAGCAUAGUAUAAUACUGUAGUAAAGGCAACAGAGGUUGGGGUGAGAAUAAUUACCCCUAUCAUUACUUGAGGAAGUCAGACUAAAAAUAUGUGACUAGGAAUAAAUCAUACUUACAGUUUCCCUAGAAUGCUGGCAGUCAAGAGGUUUGUCCUACCAGACAUCAAAAUGCACUGCUCUCCAUAAGGCAGUAGGAUGAUCAUUACAUUCUACGCACAGGAACAAUAAUUUUCAUUGCAAAUAUAAUAUAUUUAUGGUACAAAAUCAUCAUAAAUUUACUAUAACACGAUGGAACUUUUAUUCAUUUCUUAAUAACUCGGUGCUAUUAAGAAUAUUUAAAUAUACUUGUUUUACAAUAUUAAACGUUCUAUUUGUGGGACAAGAUAACAUGCCUAUUUGAAUUAUUACAGUACAUGAAAAUAGAUAAUCCGAGUACAAGACAGGAUUGCAGUCCUAUAAAAGUACUUUUUGCAAAGGACAAUGAAACAAAAAUUAAAUCACAUGGCUACUAAUAU